AUGUUUUGCCAGGACAACGGUGCAGUUCAUGGCCUCCGGCAACUGCCGCUGCUAAUCGCCAUCCUGACUGGAGUAGCGAUGAUGGUCACACCGGGCGCCAGUGGUCACCAGCUGCCCCCCGGGAACCACAAGUUAUGCGGUCCGGCCCUGUCCGAUGCCAUGGAUGUGGUGUGUGCCCACGGCUACAACACUUUGCCACAGAAGCGGGGAGGCCUCCUAUUCUCCACCACCUCCUCCUCCGAGGAGGAGGAUAAUGUGUGGCAAUCGCUGGCCGGGGCAGGCUACUCCUUCAGUCCGCUGCUGACCAACUUGUACGGCUCCGAGGUCCUGAUCAAGACGCGUCGCCACAGGAGACACAUGCCCGGCGGCGUCUACGACGAGUGCUGCGUGAAGUCCUGCACCUACGAGGAGCUAUCCGCCUACUGCCUGCCCAAAUAG